ACUCCUCAAUCGUGCAUCACAUUCAGAAAAGUAUUAAAAAUCGUACACGAUGGCUCUAAAUUUGACGGUAAAAAUUCAUCCUGUGGUUUUGUUUCAAAUAGUAGAUGCUUAUGAACGAAGAAAUGCAGAUUCUCAUCGUGUCAUUGGUACUCUCUUAGGUUCCACUGAAAAAGGAGUCGUUGAAGUAACAAACUGCUUCUGUGUGCCUCACAAAGAAACACCUGAUCAGGUAGAAGCUGAAAUCAACUUUGCUUCUGAUGUCUACGAGUUAAAUCGACGUGUAAAUUCAGCAGAGACUAUUCUCGGCUGGUGGGCUACUGGAAAUGAAGUUACAAGUCAUAGCUCUAUUAUCCAUGAAUACUACAAGCGUGAGUGCAAUAAUCCCAUUCAUUUGACUGUCGAUACAUCACUGCAAGGAGGACGUAUGGGCUUGAAAGCUUACGUUUGUGUUCCACUUGGUGUACCUGGAGGUAAACCCGGCUGCAUGUUCACACCAAUCAAAGUCGAAAGUGUGUGUUAUGAACCAGAAGUAGUUGCCUUAAAAUUGGCACAAAAAACCAUUGGAACACGCUCAAAGCAAGUCGAACCAAUGAUGGAUUUGGCUCAAAUCUCAGAAGCAAGUGGGAAGUUGCUGGAGCUUCUCAAUCAAGUCCUUCAAUAUGUUGAAGAAGUUCUCAAUGAAAAACAACAACCGGACAAUGCUGUAGGACGUUCACUUUUGGAUCUCAUCCAUUCCGUUCCCAACAUGACACAUGAUCAGUUCGCAACGAUGUUCAAUUCGAACGUCAAAGAUCUUUUGAUGGUCGUGACUCUCUCACAACUAAUCAAGACACAACUCCAACUUAAUGAACGUUUGACUAUGCUCAGCACCACAUAAAUGUUCAAUGUUUGUAAACAUUAAGUGAACAAAAAAAUAAAAUAUCAAUUUUUAAACAAUAAAUUAAAUAAUUGAAAAUCUAAAUUGUGCGAGGGAAAAAAUGGUCAAAUAAAAAAAAUUCGUGCGAUGUAAGCACAAAGGC